AUGUACCAACAUAGCCAUAACUUCCAGGGGCGAAAGCUUACCGAUCAAGAAAGAGCGCGAGUGCUGGAAUUUCAGGAGUCGAUUCAUUACUCACCUCGUUACUCCGAUGACACAGACGAGUACCGGCAUGUUAUGCUUCCAAAGGCCAUGCUCAAGGUUAUCCCAUCAGACUAUUUUAAUUCGGAGACUGGGACAUUGCGCAUCCUCACGGAAGAUGAAUGGAGAGGGCUUGGCAUCACACAAUCACUGGGUUGGGAGCAUUAUGAAUGUCAUGCGCCAGAACCUCAUAUCUUAUUAUUUAAAAGACCUCUGAACUAUAAGCCUGAAUUACGGCCUGCAGGAGGAUCCCAAGGCAUUCAGACACAAGGAAAUUGA